AUGAAUGAUUACUCGGUGUUCCUUUGUAUCAUGAUACAACAGAAUGUGUUAAGCGAUAAAUUCGCCAAAGACUCUCAACAGUUACUUAUAGCCCAUCUUCAUAAUUAUUUGGUUCAUAAUGGACUUCAUGAGUCUGCCAAACUGCUUCUCUAUGAACUGUCGGUGGUUCCGUCGUUCAACGAGUCUCAGUUGACUAAUAUCAUGUCUAUUGAUUCCAAGGAAACUAAUCCCAACAUUCCAACUAACCCCAAUGCAUCGUAUCUGGCUGGACUUGCAUCAGGCCAGUUUGGAUUCGGCCCCUUGGAAAGUCUUCCUCCUACUUCAUCACAACCCAACCAAGCGAUUUCUCCAACAACUAGUUUCCCAUCCCAUGAACCUUCGGACGACAUUCCUGGUGCUUCCACAACCAAAACUCCUCUGGGCCAACCAACUCCUCAGCAAAUGCAUCCUCCUCAACCCCCAAGAUACGCUAAUGGGUACGUGGGCCAACUGCAACUGCAACCACACCCCCCCACACCACAGAUGCAAUCUCAACAAGGUCCACCAGGACCGACUUCGGUGAGUGACUACCGAAAUCUCAUUGAAAAGAGACAAUUCUUAAUGAAGAGACAACAACAGCAACACUUUCAGCAGCAACAGCAACAACAUCAUAGACCGCUGACAGGAUCAUCACAACUUCAACUUUCACAGAGCCAUUCUCAACCUCAUUCCCAAACACAUUCACCCGACUUUUUCCCUGCUAGUAGCAGCAAUGUUGGCAGUUCCUCUGGUCAUUCUGUCCGUCCCAACACCAGUGCCGGCGCUGAGCCUGGGAUGGUGCCUAGUCAAGUGAGAGGAGGCAGUAGCAAUGUUGGUGUCACACAACAUCAACAGCACCAGAAUCAAAGGAACAACAUGAAUGAAGGUAUUUCCAAUGGCAGUUCAUGGGGCCAAGAUGAGCAAUUCCAACAACAAGGGAAAUUCUAUGAUGAACAGCCAAAACAAUAUCAAGAAUACUUGCAAAAACUGCAACAGCAACUCCAUCAGAUGCAAGCUCAACGGAGACAACUGUUACCGCAACAACAAAUGAUGGGAUUCAGUCCUGCCAAUCGGAGCGAUUCUAUUGGGAACGAAGGCAGAUUUCCUAAUCCCGACUAUUCAAGUCAACAACAACAGCCACCUACACUUGAUCAACAUCAUACUCCACCCGAUAGUUUCAAUUCACUGUCGUCAAUGCAAGAUAAGAUGCAACAACGGUUUAGAAUGCAACAGCAACAAUUGAUCCAACAACAACUUCUUCUGCAACAACAAGAUAUGGGCCAACCACAAGGAGGACCGAAUGGAGGUCCUCAACCACUGCAACUGUCAGGAGGACUUGGACGAGAUUUCAAUUGGUUGGGAAGUCUUGAUGAUUCUUCUGUACUUAAGGCCAAUGGUAACGGAGGCAAUGGAGCAUUGCUUCAUAGUGAUUGGCUCGGACUGAUGGGAGGAGGAUCAGGAUUUGCUUAA